GUACGAUCUAUAUCGCUUAUUAAAAUACAAAUCCAAACGGUGACACCAACACAAUAAGCGGUCGUCUGUUUGUUUAUACAUUAUCUGUACUGAAAACUCAGUACAAUGCUUUAACUGAAUAGGACUAGUUUUCAUCCCAUUUCGCUUGACUUUGGGUAUUCAUUUGGACAGCCACUCUAGGCCAAGCCCAGUCCUUAAUCUUUGUCCCUAUUAUGCCAUACAGUGAAACUGAUCACGAUACCCCAACGAUAUAUGUGUACAUGUAAGUAGAUGAACAUUCGUUCGGCUAACUCCGCAGUGUCACAUGUUCAAGUACUUGAACCUAGUGGGUCCCUUUUUAAUGUGACAUUGAGUAAUGCAUUGUCCAUCCGAUAUCAUUCAGUCUAAAUAAGUAUAGAACCAGAUUGAUAGAUUUAACACUGACUGCUGCUGCUGCACUAUAUUAUACAGGUUUUCCUGUGUAGUCCUUGGUUUGAAAUCGGUGAGAUGAGAAAGGUAUCCCAGACAAGGAACCUUACGUUAUACUUAAGCCACAGAACCAGUCUGGUAUCUUAGACUGCCAGCCCAGUACCAGACCUGUAAUCCUGUUUUCAUCCUACUGCUCUAUCAACCAUGCCUGGGCUGUACCCCUGGAUGUUUGGCUCGUCAGACGACCACUGGAGCCACUGGGAAAAUGUCGCCAAUAAGUCUCUGCCCAACAAUAACUGUAGUGUCCAGUGGCCGUGGGUUAUCCUUCGAGACUGUGUCCAUAACAACCAGGAUGUGGCCUCCGAUAUCCUUGGCCUUUUGUCCCUUGUAUCCUGGAUGAUUGUCAGUAUUCCACAAAUGGUGAUGAAUUGUCGGAAUAUCCGUGGUGUGGAAGGAAUAUCCAUUUUACUCAUUCUACAAUGGACGUUGGGAGAUGCGACCAAUCUCAUUGGUUCAAUUCUAACCAAUCAGCUGCCAUUACAGAUUUACCUUGCUGUAUACUUUGUGUUUGCUGAUGCCGUACUGUUUUGUCAGUACCUGUAUUACCAAAUAUGGAAGUGGAAACGCUCAAAGUUGGACAAGGAAGUACAGCCUAGUGGUCCUGCCCGGAUAGUUCUGUGUUUUGCCGGGGCAUUCCUCUCAGUCAACACCCUAGGGGCCAUCAUGUCCAGGUGGCGGGGCAUACCGAAUAUCCCUGGAAGUACAAUCCAUAUACCAAGGCCUGGCAGUAGACAGCUUAUGUCCGUCAACCUCACUCAUGUCCAGUUCUUCAAAAACAUCCGGGAUGAGUCAGGGUAUGCCAUUGGAAUAGUGUCAAGUAUCUUCUACGUUGGGUCUCGACUCUCGCAGAUAUAUAAAAAUUACAAGAGGAAGUCGACAGAGGGUCUAUCAGUACUGAUGUUUGUUCUGGCAGUCGUUGGAAACAUUACAUAUGGUUUGUCCAUCCUUGUGCGCUCGCUGGACGGAGACUUUGUCCUACACCACCUGCCCUGGCUAGUUGGCAGUCUCGGAGUCAUCUUUCUCGAUCUUUCUCUGCUCUUUCAGUUUAAGUACUACGGAAUGAGAGACUUUGACACUCUCGUCAACCAGCCAUUGGUUGAUAGUGAGGUCCUGAACCAGCCUUCACCCCUGGACUACACAGAGGCUAGGGCAGACCCAAACGGGGUCAUCAACUGAGAACUAGUGGACUGGAGCAAGGGCAAUGGAGAUUACAAAGCUGAUAACAUGUGUUUCCUAGAAAUUCUACUAUGUAAAAAUGAAGGGAUUCAGGUUAUGGGAUGUAUCAAGAAAAAAAUGUACCAGAGCUUCUUAUGUGGAAACAAUGCUAUGUGAUACCUUAAUUGCUAGGAAUUAUCUAACAUUAGUUAAUUAGAUGUACUUGGAUACCUGUAUAUCACGAUUGUUUAAAUAUGUAUUUUUUUUCUAGUUGACUCAUUUUUGUUUGGUGAGCUGAGAUACAGAAAACAAACCUGCUUUUGUUUUUGGUCUUUAAUGAGCCUGUAGAUUUAACUGACAUAGGGUUGGUUGGAUCUAUAUCAUGUGAUUAACUGUGAUCCAUAGAUUUAACUGAUGUUGAGAUGUAUCCGAAUGACAAAUAUUAAAAUCAAGUCUUUCAAGUAAUGAUAGCAUACUCACAGGUAAUGUGAAUGGGGGAAAAUGACGAUGUAUGAUUGAAGUAAAUUGAUAUAUAUAUAGAGGUUACACAACGAGUGAUUGUUGGAUAUGGAAUUUAUUUCACACUCGUAAGUUAUUUUUUAAAUAUUACAAAAGACACAAGCUUAAGCAAGUGUUUUUUGUAACUGUUAAAAAACAACUUACGAGUGCGAAAUAAAUUCCAUAUUCAAAAAUCACGAGUCGUGUGACCUGUUUCUACCACAAUAAUAUCGGCUUGAAUCAAAAGGAAACAUGGCCAAGUCUUUUUUCGCAUAUGCAAAUAAGGUGUACAGGUGAUGGCCUGGACCCGGUGAUGUGACGUCAUUCGAUUAUUGAUGACGUCAAUAACAAUUGCAGCUCAGGUUAAAGUUCGAAUUCUUGACCAAUUAAAAGACCAGAAGGUCAUAUUCCACUAGUGGAAUAUAACAUUUAUAUAUUCAACCGUCGGCACAUUCAUACAAUGGCUUUAGAGUGGAAUAACAGCGUAUUGUGGUAGAAACUGAAAUAAUAUGCAUUUAAUGUAUUCUAAGCUAGAAAGUGUCAAAUUUACAUACCAUUCCUGUCAAAUCUCUAUCUUGGUGCUUUACAGUUGUAUGUGAUACAGGGGUCAUCAUUUCUCAAUGCCUCCCCGCGUAUCUCAACAGGGUUCGUCUAUUGUAUACAGAUGUAUACAGAUUUCUUAUUUUGUGUGAAACAUGAAAGUAAUAUAUUAUUAGGAUCUGUGCCAUGUACAUUUUUUUUGUUUACCAACCAUCCUAUAAUUUUACUAUCAUUAUGACUCCCGUUAUACUUUACAGUCCAGAUGUUUAAUAUCUAAAAAGUAUCUUUUAAAUUUUUCUUCAACGAUAACAAAAAAACCAAUAACUGUCCAAAUCUGUAUUUGAAUGAAUACGUCAUAUUCUUCAUAAUGCUUUGGACAUUGUUGCUGAAGUAUCUUCAAAGAAGUACAUUCAGUUCACAUAAAUCAAACAUUAAGUGCUAAAGAUACACAAACAUUAGUUUUACAUGCUGUGAGAGGGGUUCUAUUUUAUUUUUGAUUUAUUUGUAUAAUUUCAAUUUUGCAUGAUUAUGUAUUUUUAAAAUGAGAUUAACACAAUUUUAUGUAAAUGCGGGUUAACAGCUCAUGUUUUAAUAGCAUAAACAGUUACUGACAUGGUAGACUUCUUUACAGUAUUUUAACUGUUU